AUGACGCCAUACAGAGAUCCUCUUACUCCAAAGCAGAUUUCGUACAAUAGGUCUCGAGAACGAGUUAUAAUAGAAAGACGUUUUGGCCAAGUUAAACAGCGUUUCCCUAUACUGCAAACCAAAGUUCGCAUAAAAACAGAAAAAGUCUCAUCUUUUAUUUUAAACUGCUUUAUUUUGCAUAAUGUUGCAAAGCACCUCAACGAGGAAAAUUUUGAAAUCUUGCAAGAUCUCAACAAUAAUGGCGAUGAAGCUGUACAGAUGCCUGUAGAAUAUGGAAAACCAUCAACUUCAGCAUCAUCACAACAGUUGGGAGAAGUUUGCUCAGUUACCACCUCACAACCAGAAAAUCUUGAUGUAACUACAGUAGAACCAAUUGAGGAGCAUUCUUCAGAAGCAAGUGAGUAA